AUGACCCCGUGCAGCAGCAGCACUGGCAGUGUUUGUCGGACCUCUGUUCCCUCGACCUUGUUCAUACCUCCUCUAUCAACUCGCGGACAAUUCCUUGGAACUAGCUCUCUUCGGAGUCUCCGAAAAACCUGUCUCGUGCCCGGUCCAAUCCACUUGGCGCCAAGGUUCGUGACUCUCGAUACAAAGCACUGUGUAAUUUAUAGUCAAUCACAAGAAGGCUGGGCACAAGACAGCCGCGCCGGCGCUACGCGUGGUCGUGGUCUUGCAAGCCGGUUCUAUAGCGAGCUGUUUAUCAUGUCGUUCAUCAAUGGGCAUGUGUUCCACCUACCAGCGGGUAUGGAGUUCACUUGGGCUGCCGACCAGUUAUGCGGAGUUGGACGUCAUUGCUAUUGCGUGGAAGGCUAA